UAUAUGUAGAUUCAACAAUCUCUCAUCAAAUUUCUCUACACAAAAAAAAAAAAACUUCUUUUUUUCGUUUAACCCACAAAGCAAACAAUAUGUCUUCGAACAUGAUUGUGUUGACUAGCUCCGAUGGCGAGUCUUUCCAGGUUGAAGAAGUGGUUGCAAGAAAGCUGCAGAUCGUAGGACACAUGCUCGAAGACGACUGUGUUAUUAACGCAAUCCCUCUUCAAAACGUUACCGGAAAGACUCUCUCCAUGGUUCUCGAGUAUUGCAAGAAACACGUCGACGAUGUGGUCGCUGAUGAUGUCGUGCCUGAAUCAACAGAAGGAGAUGGUGCAUCUGAGGAGCCGAAGAAGAAGGUCGAUGAUGUGGUGGUGCCUAAAUCAUCAGAAGAAGAUGAUGCAUCUGAGGAGGCGAAGAAGAAGCUCGAUGCUUGGGACGCAAAGUUCAUGAAGGAUCUCAAUACUGAGACGAUCUUCAGCAUCAUUCUCGCUGCUAACUAUCUCAACGUCAAAGGUCUACUUGAUCUCACUAGCCAGACCGUUGCAGAUUACAUCAAAGAUAUGACGCCAGAGGAAGUUCGAGAACUCUUUAACAUCGAGAAUGAUUUCACACCUGAAGAAGAAGAAGCGAUUCGCAAGGAGAACGCUUGGACUUUUGAGGCUGCUUCAGCACAAGAAGUUCCAAAACCCUAGUUUUUUUUUUUUACAAACCCUAGCUUUGCGUUUCGUUUCUUUUUCUUAUUUCUUUUCUUUUUCUAUAUUUGAUUUGGUUAGUGAUUUGCUUCCGUUAUCUCAAGUGUGUGAUUGACUUUUAGUCUCUUUAAUUUCGUUGAUAAUUAAUUCUCUUCUUAGAUAA